AUGGACCUGGACUCUGACGAAGGCUCCGGUGUCGGCAUCGGCAUCGGGAGCACAGGCGACAUCGGCAAUGCCAGCAGCAUCAACGUUGCCGCAAGCAGCAGCAGCAGCACCAUGAAUGGCGGGAACCGCCGCCAUUCCCACUCACAUCAUCAUCACCAGCAUGUCCUGGAUAACCACGGCCAACGACACCACAGCACCAGCUCCAUCAACGGCAACGGAACCAUCAACGGAUCAAGCAUCAACGGCAAUACCACUAACAACACGAACGGGAACAACCAGCAACUGGCUUCUCCACCCCUAACACACCCGUCCAACACGACGCCUCUGCCAGACAGCGGCAGACGUCGGCGCCACCGCGACAAGGAACGCGUCCGCGUCACCCGGGCCUGCGACAGGUGCAAGAAGCGCAAGAUCCGCUGCACGGGGAUCCAGCCGUGCGAGCUGUGCAUCCGCACCGAGUCCCACUGCACGUACAACGCGUCUUAUGCACGCGGGCGCCAGCCGCCCGUGGCAACUCGGGAAGAUGUCGCCCGAAUGGACCUCGACGGCCUCGACGUCUCGGUACCGCCGCCUGCGGGAACGCAUGGAAACGGCUCGAACAGCAGCAAUUCCGCUGGUGGUGCCGUCUCCGGAUCAUCUGGUGCGGCUGGCGAAGAUGCCCUGAUGGCAUCCAUCGUCGUCGACGUCGGAGAGCCUGAUGUUGACCAUGAGCACGAUCAUCAACAAGAGGAAAGCAUCAUGAACGGAUCGAAUCUUGUCAUUGGCAGCGUCGGCGCGGGGACUGCCGAGCCUCCUUCGCGGGCGUCUCCUGAACCUACGCAGACAGACCUCCAGGGCCACUAUGUCGGCCCCUCUUCUGGAGUGUCUUUCUUAUUGAGGGUCCAGAAGAGGUUACACCAGGCCGUCUCCUUCUCACAAGCCUCCUCCAUUUUCACUUUUGGUGAUGCCCCUCUCCCUGACUUUGACCCCAGCGGCGCCUUCUGCGUCCUGCUGUCCAAGGAUGAGGCGACAACGCUGCUCAAGAGAUAUUUUGACUUCGCCGUGCCAACGCACCGCUUCCUCCAUCGCCCCACCGUCGAAGGCUGGCUUGAAGAGUUCUAUGCCACCAACGGCGCGAUGAAGAGCCAGGAGGAUGCUCCCGCGCGGAGGGCCGUUCUAUUUAUGGUGUUUGCGCAGGCCCAGGAGUACAUGGUCACCACUCAGACCCGUGAAAACGCGGACGUCAGCGCUCGAUACUUCUUGGCUGCAGAUCACCAGCUAUCCAAAGAGCGCGGUGCCGUCCGCCUAGCCAGCGUACAGGCUCGCUUAUGCCAGUGCUUCUGGCUACUAUCACAGUCCCGCAUCAACCAUUGCUGGAGUCUCUUCGGCACCGUCGGACACCUGGCCCUCGCCAUCGGCCUCAACAGGAACCGCCACGCCGACCCGGCGGGCGCGUACAACUACAUUGAGCUCGAGUGUCGUCGGCGCACGUUCUGGUGCGCGUACAGCCUCGACAACUACCUCAGCGCCGCACUGGGCCGGCCCAGGACGUUCCACGAUGAAGACAUCGACCAGGAACUCCCGUCGUGCUCGGAAGACGGCGAUCUGCAUGCGGACCACAUCACACCCCGCAUGGGACGCGGGCAGUCGCUUAUGCUGGCUCCCGUGGCUCACGUCAAGCUUUCACGAAUAGUGAGCAUGAUCUUGAGAGAUCUUUACUCCAUCCGCCCCUCCUCAUUCUCCAACCGCUGCGCCUUGGCAGCGAAGUACUCGCAGAACCUGAAGCAAUGGCGAGCCGAGCUCUCGCAGUUUCUCGACGACGGCAUCAACAUGGCCCUUCUCAUACCAAUAUUCCAACGACAAAGAAACGUUUUGAAUCUAGCCUACUGGCACGCCAUGAUACUAACCCACCGGCCGUUCCUCCUCAGCAACUUUGCGAGGUUACAACGGAACGGCAAGAGCCGUCGUCGAAGUGUACCACACAAGGACCAAGCCGGCGACAGCGUCCAGGCGUGCUUGGACGCGGCCAUGCAUGUUGUAGAUACAGUGAACGACCUGAUCCAGGCAGGCCAGCUGUUCCGUGCAUUCUGGUUCACAUCUUACUUCGCGUUCUCCGCCGUCGUCGUUCUCUAUGUCUACACAAUACAGCAGCGGACGGCGCCCGCAGAGACGUGGCAGUCCUACUUCGCCGCCGCGACACGCUGCCAGACACAGCUCGCCACGCUCGCGGACAACGAGUCCCAGCUGGCCGCGCGGUACUGCCUAGUGUUGGAAGAGCUCCGGACGGAAGCUCUUAGACAGACUGAACGCCUCCAUAGCCCCCCAGUCCAUAAUAACCAGAAUGGUGGCGGGUCUUUGGCAGCUCGUGCGGCAGAAGAUGUCCACAACCAACAGCCUGAUCACCUGGCAGGAAUCAACUUCUCGGACGUCGCUCACACCGAGGACUUUGUGGGGUUCGAUGCUAGCCCAAGUAGCUCGCUAGCUGACAUGACCAGCUGGGGUCAAUUCGAUUCCAUGGUCACGUCUGGCUUUGGGGGCUUGGAAGCAUUGCUAAAUGACGACUCACUAAGAUUCUAA